ACGGCAGUUGGCAUUUGUGUGUGUGUGUGUGUGUUAGUGCGUGUGUGUCCAAACGCAAAGUGAUUCUUGUUAUUCUUACCCAGCCCAUGUGCAGCUUUUAAUAGUUUCGUGUGUGUGUCGACGACAAAGAAGACAUUAAGCAAUUUGAAAUCAACGACAAACGAGUGAAAUCUGAUUUGAAUUUGAAUUUGGAUUCGUCAAAGCUUUAAAUAGCACGUACGCCAUGAAUCAACUGCCGAAAUGCGCUUGGCGUGCCAAAGGCACAGGCUGUGCCGCGCCUGCAUUCCGACGCACUGUAUCCAAGAUCGCUGGCGCUCAGGCGCAGCUGUUGCAGAGCGAGCAGCGACAGCGUCGCCUGGAUGGCCAGCAGCAGCGCGACAACUCGGCAACGGCCGCGACAGAAGCAGCAGCAGCAGCAGCGGCAGGAACUGCAGCAGUUUGUCCACAUUUGGGCCUGGAGCAGGAGCCAGCGGUGCCACGCAUACAUGGCACGGCCGAGUGGCAAAAUGCAUUGGCCUACAACGAGAUACCAGGACCAAAGCCCCUGCCCAUACUUGGCAAUACUUGGCGACUCAUGCCAAUCAUUGGCCAAUAUACCAUAUCGGAUGUGGCCAAAAUCUCGUCGCUGCUGCACGACAGAUACGGCCGUAUUGUGCGCUUCUCUGGCCUUAUAGGCAGGCCCGAUCUGCUCUUCAUCUACGAUGCUGACGAAAUAGAAAAGUGCUAUCGCAGCGAGGGAACGACCCCCUUCCGGCCAUCGAUGCCCAGUCUGGUCAAGUACAAGAGCGUGGUGCGCAAGGAUUUCUUUGGCGAACUUGGCGGCGUCGUCGGCGUGCAUGGCGAGCCGUGGCGUCAGUUCCGUUCGCGCGUCCAGAAGCCGGUGCUGCAGCUGUCCACCAUAAGACGCUAUCUGCAGCCGCUGGAGCUGAUUACCGAGGAUUUCCUGGCACGCUGUGAGCAGCUGCUGGAUGCCAACGAGGAGCUGCCCGCCGAUUUCGAUAAUGAAAUACACAAAUGGUCCUUGGAGUGCAUUGGUCACGUGGCGCUGGACACACGUCUGGGCUGCCUGGAGCACAAUCUGACGCCCGACUCGGAACCGCAGCAGAUCAUCGAUGCAGCCAAGUACGCACUGCGCAAUGUGGCCACGCUGGAGCUGAAGGCGCCCUACUGGCGUUACUUUCCCACGCCCCUCUGGACGCGUUAUGUGAAGAACAUGAACUUCUUCGUGGGCGUGUGCAUGAAGUACAUACAAAGCGCAACGGAGCGCUUGAAGACACAGGAUGCCAGUCAGCGUGCCGGUGAGCCAUCGCUGCUGGAGAAGGUGAUUAUGUCGGAGAAGGAUGAGAAAAUAGCCACAAUUAUGGCAUUGGAUUUGAUACUCGUUGGCAUAGACACGAUCUCGAUGGCCGUGUGCUCCAUACUCUAUCAACUGGCCACGCGACCCGUGGAACAGCAAAAGGUGCACGAAGAACUGAAGCGUCUGCUGCCUGAUGCCAACACACCGCUGACGAUUCCAUUGCUGGACCAAAUGCACCACUUGAAGGCAUUCAUCAAGGAGGUCUUCCGCAUGUACAGCACCGUCAUCGGCAAUGGACGCACGCUGCAGGAGGACAGCGUUAUAUGCGGCUACCAGGUGCCCAAGGGCGUGCAGGCCGUCUUUCCCACUAUUGUUACCGGCAACAUGGAGGAAUAUGUCACAGAUGCCGCUACAUUCCGGCCCGAGCGCUGGUUGAAGGCACAUCAGGGCGGCACUCCCGGCAAACUGCAUCCGUUUGCCUCAUUGCCCUACGGCUACGGUGCACGCAUGUGCCUGGGACGGCGCUUUGCCGAUCUGGAAAUGCAAAUACUGCUGGCCAAGCUGCUGCGCAACUACAGACUGGAGUACAAUCAUGCGCCGUUGGACUACGCGGUUACCUUCAUGUAUGCGCCGGAUGGUCCGCUGCGUUUCAAAAUGACGCGCAUUUAGUUGAAGCUAUUAGCUCUAAGUGUUACUACAUUAAGCAUAUUACACCUAUUAAAUACAUAUAUAUUAAA